AUAAGUUUUAUCAUCCGAAUAGCUACCCUAGAUAGCUCGCUCAUAUCCUCCAUUGAGCAUGCAAUACGGGACAUAAUGGUCUCCGAAGUCAGAAAACGUUCGCCAGAGGCUGAUAGCAGUCAUGGUGAACAUUCUCAGUCCAAGAGAGCAAAGACCGCGUCGCUGCAAAGUGCCACUCCGUACACUCGUCCCCACUCAAAAGCAUCGGUGAAGAUCGAUUCAAAUGGGGAUAAAUACUGGGAACUUUCAAAAAUGCGCAGAGUCACAAUAUCCACAUUUCGUGGCAGAACCAUGGUUAACAUCAGAGAAUACUAUGAAAAAGAUGGACAAGAGCUUCCUGGCAAGAAAGGAAUUUCUUUGCCGCUCGAUCAAUUCGCCUCGCUUGUGACCAUGCUACCCGAAAUCGAAGCCGUGCUCAAGGAACAAGGGCAGUCGAUUCCUCGGCCUGGGUAUACGGGCUCGGACAGCCGCCAAAACGAGAGUUCUGACCCAGACGAUGAUGAAGAACCCACAAACUCACCGAAGAAGAACAUCGAGGCAACCAGUGACGAGGACGAUGAUGAAGACUAAAUCGCCCAUACGAAGAGAUAUUGCUGGAUGAGGGUUGGCGUGAUCUUGUCGUAUGAUUAACGGAAAACUACGGUUCUAAUUGCUGGAAGCUUUUUGCUGGUAUUGGAUUUUCUGGUUGAACUGAGCUCCAAUCAGGCUCUGUCCAAGGUAGUUCACUAUCGCAGUUAAUUAAAUCUACCGUCU